UUUGCAUUGCGCAAGUUCCUCGUGGAAGACUGGACAGCCGCGAACCUCAAACGAACUGGAAUGGCCACUUUGAAAGCCUAUGAGUCAAUAAAAACCAUAUGUUUUCAACAAUUGCAGUUACUACUUCAACGACUACUCUUCCAUGCGUCCGAGCUGUUAGGCUGUGUUCGCGAUGCACCGAGCUACGCUCAGUUUGAAAUCUCGCCUGCACAAGUUGUUCAGUUAUGCAGUACAACAGGUGCUGUUCUUCAGAAAACACAGGAGUUGUAUCUUAUCAUCGAAAAAAGUGUCGCUCAUCUACGGGCAUUCUUCAAGUGGUUGUAUGUCGCGAUUCCUGGUUUGUCUGGUCGUGUCCUACCGGAUGAUUUUCCUCGGGUUACCCCAACGGAGCGGGAAUUGGUGAUCGAUUUUAUCACAAAUUAUCUACAGCCGGUUUUCGUGCUAGGCGAGUUACAAAGCUAUCACGUGGAUCUGGUCGAACAGGUGCAACCUUUUGCCGCACUUGGAUUACUCACAUCCACCAAUCAUAAUCACGUAACAUCAGAUACCACACGAAUUCACUUUGGCAUGUUUCAUUACAAUCCCAAAGCAUCAUUAGCCGAUUUGAUUAAAAAGAACUUACAGGAUGAUAUAGACUCCGUUUUUCAAGCCCCUGGGUCCGAAAACUUUACUCGUGGUUGCAUCAAUUUUGAGCUAGCAAAGUCAUACUUACUUUAUCGUUCCAGUUCACCGGAUCCUCCUUUUGGCGAUAUACCGAUGGCCUUUCACGCCCUCAAACGGCCCUCGAUAACCGAUGCGAAAAGUUCACUACCAGUCAGCGAGUCAGAUAUCACACUUGUGGCCUGCAAGUUGCCUGUGCUCGAUCCUAGUACGCAUGACUCCAUUGCGCUUAUGCAUUUGGACCCGGACUAUCCGAACUCGAAAAAUUCCCGUUUGUCGGCUGUUGUGACCGUUGACGAGUUACCUUCGGUUACGAAUCCGCAUAAUCUGCCAUAUGAACUGGUCGAUUUUGAAUUCUACACCUCCGAUCUGUUACUGCUUCUUGUGUGUCGCGCGAAAACACCCGGUCACACACCAGGGAUGCGUUCGGACAGCACUCGCGAGCCGGUCCUCAGUUGGCUAGUUAUGUUACCUUUGGAUACUGUGUUCUCUGCUUCUGGCGAAUCGCAUUCACCUUUUGAUGCACAGCAUCGUAUUCGUCUGUCCGAGGUGGUUACUCAAUCAAAUGUGGAAUCACUUCCUUGGCACGCUGUACAAAUUGCCACAAACGGAGAACGGUCAAUUGUGUUUGUGCUAUUCAGAGGUCUGUCCACAUGUCGUGUCUACUUACUGGAGCGAUUGGAACCAGAUGGAUCCAGAAACGAAACAGCGGACGAUUUGGGCGGAGAGAAUGAUAUGGAAACGACAACCGGCGAUGGUCCGAAUGCCUGA